AUGGCAGAUUUGCAAUACCGUCGGGGCCAGAUAGCAUGGUCCGAGUGUAGUCGUAACAUUGCGAAAGAACUGUGGAAAGUACAAUCGUGUCUUCGCGAUCACACAAGACAAGAAAGUCUCGAAGAUGGAUUGGACCAUUCACGUUAUCACAAUUUACCCGGAAGAGACUGGACUGCCAAAGCACAAUGUCAAUUAUUUUUGCGAGACAAAGAUGCAAACGUAGUCACGUUGCAUGAUAUUUGUCAAGUCUUACAAUGCGAAACGCCUCACGAGAAUAAAUAUUUUUUCGCAGGACCAGCGCUAGAUGGAACUAAUUGUGCACUCGAGAAAGAAUGUCGCAGCGGAGAAUGCGUGCCCGUAAUCGAACCACCUCUCCCAUAUUGUGAAGAAGAUAACUGGAGUGAAUGGAAGGAAGACUCCUAUAAAAGCGAUUGCUUGACAAAAUCGAAAGGCGUGGUAAUCAAACGACGUUCUUGCAAACAUGGUUUUAAUAAAACGGCUAGUUGUAAUGGGCCAUAUUACGACGUGGUUCUGUGCAAUGACUCCAGACUUUGCACUGAAGAACGCAAAACGAUUGACGAAUAUACUGCUUCAAAAUGCACUGAGUUCAGCUUGAAAUUGAAAACAAAGUACAAAGUAUAUUUUAACUACAUACCGGAAAUUGGGCCAGGACAGCAAAACUCUCAUGACGCUGGGAAACCGUGGAUAGCCUGCACCAUAUACUGUCAACGAGAAGAAAAAAUAUCUGCUAAAUAUAGUAUAUUCUAUUUCUACACACCACGUCAGGAAUUGCUCGAAUUAGGUGUCGAUCCAUACUUUCCAGAUGGAACGUGGUGUCACGAGAAGAAUGGGCAAGAUUAUUACUGCCGUCAGCAUUAUUGUCUGCCGGAAAAUUACUCAAUCGAAGAAUAAUUACCGAAAACUUCUUGAUUUGUGAGAACAAGGAUUUAAGAGAAAAUAAAAUUGCAAAACGCGCAUAAGUCAAUUUAAAUCUGAUUACUAUUUGUUUAGUAUGAAACCAAGGAUCCAUUGAGUUAUCAUUGUUACUUUUUAUUUUACGCAGUAAAUAAAUUUUUUGUUAGCAAAAGACAAAUUUAUAUGUGGAAAAAUACGUAGAAUUAUCGACAUUAGAAACAAAUUCCAUUCAAAAUUCAGAAAGUUGUUAGUAACUGUAGAGAGAAAAAGAAAUUAAUAUUAC